AGCAGAUCAGACUGGUAAUGCUUGACAAUCUCCCUGAGCUUCACAGAGUCAGCACCUAAAGAAAGUACAGCUGGGGAACAAUUCCUGAAUAUGGAAGAAACAGAGAAGACUGAAGAAGGAUGGUUUGAUUUUUAUGAAUCCUUCACAGAGCUAUUUGAAUUCUUCUGUGACAACACCACCAUUCAUGGCACCAUCAGGCUGAACUGCUCUAGGAGGAAUAAAAUGAAAACUGGCUUUUGGGUUCUUCUUUACAUUAGUGCUUUCGCAACAAUGUAUUUUCAGUUUGGAGACACCUUCACCCAGUAUUGGUCCUAUCCCACAAAACUGGCCAUAAAUUUACAGACCAAGAAAAGCAAUUUUCCUGCCGUGACCAUUUGCAAUCUGAACCCCUACAGGUUUGACCAGGUUAAUGAAUAUCUCAACCAGUUGGAUCAGUUGGCCCAGGAAACUUUGCUUACUCUUUAUGAAUAUAAUGUGUCCCUAUCAGUAAACCAGGACGAGGAUGUUGUAGAUCUGGAAGAUAUCACAGACAAUUUAACAAGCCAAGUAAAUGAAAGUUUUAAAUUAGACCGUUCAAUAAAACUGGUAAAACUGGAAGCGGAUCAGAAUCAAAUGGCCAACGGAAAGAGGAACAAAUUGGGUUUUAAGCUUUGCAAUUCCACUGGUGGCGAUUGCUACUACCGAUACUUCUGGUCCGGAGUGGAUGCAUUGCGUGAGUGGUACAAGUUCCAUUUUAUUAAUAUCAUGUCCAAAAUCCCAUCAGUUUUGCCAAUUUCCGAUCAAGAAUACAUGGAUAAGUUUAUUUUGACAUGUGAAUUCAACGGACAUAUUUGUGACAGAAAUUACACACAAUUCCAUCAUCCAACAUACGGCACCUGUUAUACUAUUAAUGCAAAUGAAAAUAGUGAUACGCCUGGGGAUGGAACGAUACCUGAAAAAAAAUAUGGGAUUAGCUUGAUAGUUAAAGUAGAUCAGCAUGAUAAUAUGCCACUUUUGUCGACGGCAGCUGGAACCACCGUGAUGAUUCACAAUCCUACCCAGUCCCCCCUAGUGGAGCAUCAGGGAUUUGACAUAUGGCCAGGGACUGAGACCUCAAUAAGCAUUAGACAGGAUCAUGUGAAUCGCCUGGGGAAGCCAUACAGUAACUGUACAUUUGAUGGGAGUGACUUAGAGUUCAGACUUCUCUACAAUUCAUCGUAUACAUUACAGGCUUGUCUUCACUCUUGCUUUCAGUACAUAAUGAUAGAACAGUGUGGAUGCAGCUACUAUUUUUACCCUUUGCCUCCUGGAAGUGAAUAUUGCAACUACAACAAGUAUCCAGGAUGGGGACAUUGCUUUUUUCGCCUCUAUGAAAAACUGAUAGCUCACCAACAUACAUGUUUCCAGAAGUGCCCUAAACAGUGCACUGAGACGAUGUACGAUCUGUCAGCAGGGUUUGCUAGAUGGCCAUCACCUGUGUCUAAGGCAUGGAUCCUACAAGAAUUAUUCUCUAAUUAUGGAUAUAACCGCACUAGUAACAGGAGUGAAAUAUCAAAGAUUAAUGUUUAUGUCCAAGAGCUAAAUCUCCGAUCUUUUGAUGAAGGGCCAGCACUCAAUAGCCAUGAUUUGCUGUCUACCAUGGGAAACCAAUGGAGUUUUUAUUUUGGCUCAUCUGUGCUUUCGGUAGCGGAGAUAGCCGAGCUGGUUUUUGACGUUGUAGCCAUGGUGAUCAUCAUGAAAUAUGCCAAAUACAAAAAGAAUCAGGUAUCCAAGAAUAAUGAGAGUCCAUAUGUCAUCAGGAUGGAGGGAUUGACAGAGAGAACUUUACCCAACUCACCACAAGAGAACCAAGAACUGCCUAGCUAUCUAGUGAUCGGUGACCGUGACACCAAACCAGAAGAGUUAUAAAGGAUGGUGAUAUGCAUUUCAAGAAACAGUACAAAUAAUAGUCAUAAAAAUGGCAGUGAUAAUAUGUGAAUAAAAGCAUGACAAAGAAAGCAGAUUAGGAUAGUAAAAAGUUCACUGAACAUGUAUGAAAAAUAUUUUACUAGACAGAAGAUGUGAAAAAUAAUGCACACAGACUUACAAUCCACUCGCCUCUGCUGUUCUAUACAACUAUAGAAAACAAGGAGAUUAACAAGAUGUAUCAAGAUGCACACUCCUGCAGGUUUUAUGCCACUACUCUGCCUCAUAUUUAUGUUUAUGAUCAUAAAUGCAUCAAGAGAACUGUACAAAAAAAGGAGUGCAGGGAAUGUUGAGAUGAAGCCUUUUUACAUUUCAGGAAACACAAAGCUAUUAAUUGCAUCACACAAUGCGCAAUCAUUCACAUUUGUCUGAUAGUGUGAUCUCUGAGCAUGUCAUACGUUUCCUACCGUAGCCUACAAAAUGGCUUUGGAAUAAAGGCUGUUGUUGCUCGAUAGCUUAUUAUUAUUAUACAGGAUUUUUAUGGCAACAACAGUUUGUAUAGCGCUUUACUACAUUAGGGCAAACAGUACAGUCAGUUACAAUACAUUUCAAUACAGGAGGAAUCAGAGA